AUGCUGCCCAUGCAGUCGAUAGAGGCGCAGACGCCCUCCAGCAUUGCCGAGGACAACGGAGAAAGCCGGCAGCAGAAGCCAAAGACGCUGCCGUGCAAAUACUGCAGCAAGCGGUUCAGGCGUGUGGAGCACGUCCAGAGACAUGAGCGGACUCACACCAAGGAGAAACCCUUUGCCUGCACCUGGGACCGGUGCGGAAAGACUUUUGGGCGCCGUGAUCUCCUCGCUCGCCACAAUAAGCUUGUCCAUCUCAACGAGAGCAACAAAGAUGGCACUCGGCCGCGGAAAGCAUCACUGGGGAGUGUGCAAGGAGGGCCCCCCGAGGGCCAUGCAGGCGUCGAAAUGCUCGGCCUGCAGCAGCAGCAGCAGCAACAACAGCAGCAGCAGCAGAGACCGCCUCCACCCCACUUCACCCCUGAGAGCAUGGCAUCGUCGGUUGUGUCGCCCGAUCAGCGCCUGGCGUCUCGAGCGGCGCCGGCCUGCAACCUCGAUCUCCUCUCCGACGCCGCCACGCACCUUGCCUCGGCUAGCGAGGUGGGCCAGAUGCAGCACCCUAUCAUGCCCGAGCUUGGCCAACACCCCGGCGGGCCUAGGGUGAAGCCGUACGACGAGUCCCUGGCCUACCAAGAUCGAGCACAGGAGCAGCACCAAGGAAUGAUGCACGGGGCCUUUGCGGGGCAGCAACCUCCUCCAACGUCGUUCGACGACUAUAAUCUGUUCCUGGACGAUAUGGGCAACUCGUCACACUUUCUUCCGCCGGCCUUGGAGGCGGAGCAGCCCUUUAGCAUGUGGCCACGCCAGCCAGGAGACAUGCACGGCCGAGGAGCCCUGAAGCCAGCGCCGUCGUUCCCUUCAACGCGCUUCCCGUCACUGGCGCCCGACGCGGCCGAGGGCUCGACAGCGAGGAUGCACGAGGAUGGCAUGAGGGCUCCGGCCUGGAGGAUUUCGGCGGCAGACUACACCGCUAUCAAGAGCCGCCUCGACGAGUUCUCUUCGGUCAUCCCCAACGACUUUGUAUUCCCGUCCCGAUAUACACUCAGCCGUUUUCUCGAGGGCUACGUUACCGGCUUCCACGAACAUCUCCCGUUUCUACACAUAGCCACCCUGGCGCCGGCCGACAUAUCUCCGGAGCUGCUGCUGGCGACUCUGGCGGUCGGGGCGCUGUACCGAUUCGAGAGCCAUCGGGGAAACGCCCUGUGGUACGCGGCCAAAGCUGUGGCCAUGGAGCAGAUAAGGAGAAGACACAUACACGAGGUUCACGGCCUCCUGCCCACCCCGGCGGCUUACAGCCCGCACUCGACUCGGCCGUCUCCCAGCACGGGGUACCGGCACUCUUUCAACUCGGUCCAGCACGACCGGCCAAUGACGCAAGAAACACACCGCGAGCCAUACUCGCCCAACACGCCGCAGUCUCGGCUCGAAACCAUCCAGGGGCUCCUUCUGCUGUUCGUCGUUGGGCUUUGGGGCGCAAAGGCGAUACUCAACGACGCACUCGCGCUGCAGAGCCAGAUCGCGCUGCUGGUGCGCGAAGAGCGGCUCGUGCCGGAGCCGGGGCAGGGGCAGGGCCAGGCGGCCGACUGGGACACGUGGAUCCGGGUCGAGGGCGCGGUGCGUACCAAGCUGAUCGCGUACUGCUUCUUCAACGUUUGCAGCAUCGCGUACAACACGCCGCCGCUACUACUGACGUCCGAGGUCAACCUGGCGCUGCCCGGGUCGUCGCGCCUGUGGCGGGCCGAGUCGGCAUGGCAGUGGCAGGAGGCGCGGCAGUCGUACCCGCGGCUCGAGGUGCCGCUUCAGGACGCCUUCUCGCGGCUACUCAACCGCCCGUCUCAGGGCGCGCUCGUGCACGUCUCGUCGCUGGGCAACUACGUGCUGAUGCACGCCCUGAUCCAGCACGUCUACCUGCUCAAGCAGACGUCCUUCGCCAUAGCCUCGCCAUUCGAGGUGCACCGGGGGCUCAAGGUUGAGGACAUGGAGGAGGUGGCGCAGGCGCUCCGGGUCUGGCAGCUGGGUUUCGAGCAGGUCCAGGCGCGGGCGGCGGCGGGCGAGACGGGCGGCGGCGGCGGCGGCGGCGGCGGCGGCAGCGGGGAGGGAUUCUCGCGCGGGCCGGUGGCGUCAAACUCGAUCGCGCUCCUCCGGCUCGCCUACAUCCGCCUGUACACCGACAUCAGCCCGAGCCGGACGCUCGAGACGCGCGACCACGUUCAGCUGGCGAGCGCCUUCUACGACGCGCCGCUGCCGACCCGGAGCCCGAGGCUGCACCGGGCUCUCCUGCAGGCCAUGCACUCGCUAGCGAUGCUAGUCAAGGUCGGCGUCAACUACGUUGCGAGGACCAAGUCUCUCGAGUGGAGCAUGCAACAUUCUUUGUGCAACCUGGACUGCGCAGUCCUCUUAUCAAAGUGGCUGCUCACCCUGGCCUCGAUCGGGCCCAACGAGCAGCCGCCGACGCACGAGGAGCGCAACGUGCUCGAGUCGGUCCGCACGAUGCUCGACGAGACCGAGUUCGCGGUACCCAUCGACCCUUCGCUCUCGGGGCCCGGGCCGGGCGGCGCGUCGUCGUCGCUGCCGGCGAGCGACGGGGCCAGGCUGCGGCAGCUCGCCGCCGCUGUGGUGCGGCUGUGGGCCGAGACGUUCAAGGGCAACCACAUUUUUGAGAUUGUACGCAUCAUGGCGCUGGGGCUCGAGGGUUACGCCGACCUGAUCGAGAAGCCGCGGGACCGGACGCCGCUCGUCAGGCACGCGACCAAUCCUUCGCUCGGCUGAGGGCGGGCUGUCAGCUAAACUCGGUCCUCUCUACACGCAAAAUCUCGAGACGAGCCGGGCCGAGCCGAGUUAUACGGUUACGGGGAUUUGUGAAAAGAGCGCAGAAGAACACAGUCCCUCGCCCGGCCCACGAGCGCUUCGACGCAGGGCGCAGUUGUGCGCAGUUUGCGAUGCAGUCGGUGACUCGAGGCGCCACGACACCGAGGCGCAGAAGGAUGCAGCAGUCCAAGAGAGGUAGU